GGCCCAGCCUCUUUUGCAACUUUCCCAAGUCUGUGCAUGAGAGGGAGAGGAGGAAAACUCAGAAGGAAGUGGCUUGGCCUCAACAAACUCUUAUUUGCUUCCAAAGCCAUUUUCUUCUGACCGGGCUGAGACUGUUGAUCUAAGAGGAGACACCCCAGACUCAGAAAAAACUCCUGCCUGACUCCGGAGGCCGGAGGCCGAUGCUAAGCAGCCACAGCUGUUUUGAAGCCCCUCCAUGAAUCCCCGGAAGAAGGUGGAUUUGAAACUCAUCAUCAUCGGAGCCCUGGGUGUAGGAAAGACCUCCCUCCUCCACCGCUAUGUGCACAAGACGUUUUAUGAGGACUACCAGACCACGCUGGGGGCCAGUAUCCUCUCCAAGAUUAUCAUGUUGGAUGAUACCACUCUGAAGCUACAGAUCUGGGACACAGGCGGACAGGAGCGCUUCCGCUCCAUGGUGUCCACGUUCUACAAAGGCUCCGAUGGCUGCAUCCUGGCUUUUGAUGUCACUGAUCUGGAGUCCUUUGAAGCUCUGGAUACCUGGCGGGGUGAUGUUCUGGCCAAAAUCAUUCCGGUGGAGCAGUCCUAUCCCAUGGUGGUGCUGGGGAACAAGAUUGAUCUGGAAGACCGGCAGGUACCACAGGAGGUGGCCCAGGGCUGGUGUAAAGAGAAGAACAUCCCCUACUUUGAAGUCAGUGCCAAGAACGACAUCAACGUGGUGCAAGCCUUUGAGAUGCUGGCCGGCCGAGCUCUGUCAAGGUAUCGGAACAUCCUGGAGAAUUACCUCACAGACUCCAUCAAGCUCUCACCAGAAGACCAGUCCAGGAGCAGAUGCUGCUGACCUUCCAGACUCCCUCUCGUGGCAGCCAGAGACACAGCCUGCCUGGGCCUGCUCCUCCGGGGCUCCCACCAGCCCCACCACCUGCCCAGGCUUGGCCGGGCAGCCCAGGCCCCAUGGCAGAGCCCUGAUCCCCUCGUGUCCCUGCUGGGCCCAGAAUCAGAGGGCAGCCCCUCCCUGGGGCUGAGUGCAGUGAGCCAGGGGCUGCAUCCUCAGGGGUCCUGAUGGAACUCAGAAUGUCACAGCCGAAUUCCGGCCUGGAGCACACACAAUUCCCUCACUGGCAGCUCUCCUGCCACCCUCCCUCCCCAAGCACACUCCUGCUCCGGAACACUCAUCUCUGCAGACAGACAGGCCACUGCCUCUGCAGCACUGUGCACUGGCCUUCCUGGCCCAUGCCGCCGCUCAGCACAGCUCUGGACUAGGGCACAGCCCAGCCUCCCUCGGUAAUCGGGGCCAGGAAGUGAGGGUCGAGCCCCGGAACAGCCUUCUGCCCUCCAGAGCAAGGACUCGGGAGUCCAGGAAAAGCCACCAGGGCCUGGCUAGGUCCUCCUCACUCAGGCCACGCCCAUAAAUCUAACAAACGGGGUGGCAUAUGCCCUGCCCACACCAGGGUGUGAUUUGAAGACCAGAAACUCUCUGCAUAAAUCUCAGUUAUUUUUGUUGACAUGCAUUUAUUUAUUCCUUCAACAAGUAUUUUUGAGUAGAAGUACUGAGGUCCAGCGACAAACGAAACAGACAAGGACCCUGUUUCCCUGGCCCCUGCAUUAUGUUUAGGGAGAGAAGAACCGACACAGAAUUUACACGAAUAUUUUCAGAUAGCAAGAAAGUGCCUGAACAAAGUGAAACAAGACAGGGAGGGCAGGGGCUGGGGUUGGGUGCUGCAGGUAACAUUUGGCCUGAGGGCUAGAGAAUGAGCAACAAGCUGCCACCUCAGAUCUGGAAGAAGAACAUUCCAGGGAUAGAGAGUAGCAAGGGCCAGGCCCCAAGCCCAGGAUAAGCUUGCUGUGUUCCAGGAAGAGUGAAAGGACAUUCACUUACCUGAGCGCUCAAAGCGGCUGCCCCUGCGACAGCGGAGGGGAACGCCCCCUCCCGGGUGGCUCCUUGAUCCUCUGCUAACUGGCCACCAGAGGGCAGCAGUGCUCUUCUUGGUUGGGGUAAGUGGACCGCAGGCGCUCCAAGGACCCUGAAGAGCUGGCCCUGGGUAGAUUAGCUCUUCAAACUGUGUGGGGGAGAAUCCCAAUUUCUUAAGCUUACUAAGAAAUGAGCAAAAACUGCAACAUCAGUGAUUCAAACAAGAAACCCACAUCUGUGACAAAUACUAGAAUGAGGGGCCUGGAGAACUCAUGGAUUCUCUGUCCCUACAAACUCUAAAGCCAUUAUCUUCUGGGUACAGACAGCAUAGACAGAGCUCAUUCUGGUGUGGGGAGUGGACAAGAUGACCUUCUCCUGGCCACAGAAGUCUCCUUCCUGAGCUCCAGGCGAGCUGGGGAUGUCAGUCUAUGGCUUCUGUGUGUCACCUGACUCUAAAGAUACAGACUACAGACCUAGAGGUAGCAGAGGGGGAGGGGGAUGACCAGGGAGGGAAUGGGGGACCCCUUCUCCCCCUCCCAACUGCGGAGCAAAAACUGGCUUGUCCUGGGCAGCAGCGUGGGCCUGGCAGGGGAACGGGCGGCCUGGAGCACAGCCCUGUCUCUGUGUCUUCGUGGGCGGCGUUCUGCACAUCACUCAGCUCUGCUGGGAGUCGGUGGGACGGUGGGUCAGACGGGCGGAGUGUGGGUGUGCACGCAGCAGCUUGUGCACUGCGGUGGACCUGGGGACCGUUUCCAAGUGUGUACAAUAAAUAAUACAUGUGUUCUUUGUUUUUA